AUGAAUUCAAUACCCACUCAGCGGAGCUUGAUUGUUGAUCAGGGAUAUUUUGCCUCUGAGGAUACAUCUCUUGGAGAUCAGGUCAAGCAAAUGGAAGAUAACGCGACGCCCUUUGCAUCAGCACGCGGUCUUCAGUUUGCGGAAACCAAUGUCCUUCGUCACCCUAACAUUCGACCUCUCCUUGAAUCCCUCCUCGAGUCAUCGAGCCUAGGACUUUACAGGUCCAUAGGGCCCUCUCCUUUCGACCACGUAUUCAUCAGCGACCCAGGACAUGAAGUGGAAAUCAUCAUGGUCAUGAUAUGGGGCCCAGGCUCCAAGGUUACCUACUGGGCUGGUUCGCAUCGUCACUGGCUUGAUCCUGUUGAAGCAGCGAACUCUCUUCUACAGGUCCCACGUGCACGCCUCCAGGCCAGCAGUAGUACGCCGAUGGAGACAACACUUGAGAGGGGUGGCUUCGCCGUACUUGAUGCGAGGACGGCAUUCCAGAUCACAGCUGGUACGGCCAUCACGUUUGCCUUCGGGAAGGAGGAUGCUGCGAAGUACUGGAGCCCAAUGCCGUUGCCGCGAUCCCUUGAACAUCAUGUCUCAAGCAUGGAAAGCCCAACACUCAGGGUAAACGUAAUUUAUAUUAAGGACUGA